AUGGUCAACUCAACAAAGCCCGACAUCAUCAUAGGCACAGAGUCAUGGUUAAAACCUAAGCACUACGACAAUGAGAUUUUCAAUCCUGACCUUGGUUACACCCCUUUUAGGAGAGAUCGGCAGAAACAAGCAGGGGGUGGGGUAUUCAUUGCUGUCAAAAACUGUCUUGUAGCUCAGGAAGCCACACACCUGCAUACAGACUGUGAAAACGUCUGGGUCAAGAUAGAUAUCCAAGGCUCUAAGUCACUCCUGAUUGGCUCCUACUAUAAACCCAAAGAAUAUGACCCUCAGAGCCUGGAAGAAUUCAAAAAGUCUCUCUCCACGGCUACUAAAUCCAAAGCAAAUGUCUGGGUCACCCUCAAACGUCUUUACAGGAAAUGGGAUAAAUCAUACAAAAAAUACAUGCAACACAAAACUGAAAAACACAAAGAACACUAUCUUGCUCUCAAACACAAAUGCAAAAAAGAAACAAGACAAGCUUACCAAAACUACCUUGCAGACAUUCUCAACAUCAACAAACUCAAAUCCACCGCAUACAAGACACUGGUCAGACCCCAGCUGGAGUACAGCUCCUCCGUGUGGUCCCCGCAUGCAGCAACCUGCAUUGAACAGCUAGAGUCGGUUCAGCGUAGGGCUGCCCGCUGGGCCAAACAUGAUUUCAGGCUGUGUGGGUCCGAGCUUUCCUGCGUCAUUAACUACAAGUCAUGGCUAGUGCCCCGUGAUAUCAACCUACGGUGGACGAUAAAGGACCUUGACACAGAUGCGUCAGCGCCUGAUUCAUUCCACGUCAUAGCGAACUGGACCAGUGAUGGUUUCUGGGGCAUAUUUCAAAACGUCACGCCUACUUCAUGUGCAUGCGCAUACAACCCGGCGUUGGGAGACUGUCUUGAUUUCCGGGAACCAUUCAUCCUGCACGUGCACGUAAUGCUGAAAAACCAGACGACAAUAUUUGAGGAGCAAUGGCAGAUCGAUCCGAUUGAUUGUGAGAAGCCACCCGCUGUUGGUGAGGUUAACGUCACCGUAUUAAACAAUCACAGCGUUAACGUAAGCGUAACGUGGUCACGUCAGCUGCCUAUUCCUAGAGCGACGGAGGCAAAAUAUUACUUCAUGUACAGAAAGAAUGGGUUAAAAGACUGGAAAGAAGUUCAAAACAACGUAUCAAGGUCGACAACCGGUAUAAGCACCGUUGUUGUAGGAUUGUCUCCCUUCACAAAAUACGAAUUCACGGUGACAUGUCGAAAACUUAACCUUACCGGAAGUCUCUAUGGUCACCCUAGCGACAUCAUCAGCGUGAAUGAGGCGAGAACGGACGAAGCACCUCCGUCAAUGGCGCCAGAGUUAUGUCGCGAUUGUUUCUCAAUUGUACACAGCGACAGACGCUUAUGCAACGUGAUACUUUAUUGGAAGGAUAUACCGAUAGAGGCAAAGAAUGGUCUUAUUCAGCAAUUCAAUUUGGAGGUCUCGAAUAUUACUAGUUCCGCAUCCACGUUUUCCUCGAAAUACUCGGUCCCAGGUAACGUGUUUCGCUACCACGUGACAUUGCCGUGCAGGCAGCUGUAUACGGUUAACUUACAAGCAGGAAACUCCGCGGGUUGGUCGGAUGAAUCUUCCAUUGACAUAAACACUUCAGAUUCUCCUAUCAGCGAGGUUAUCCCGGAAGUGAACCGUGACGUAAACUCAAGUCUCAGCGUGUCAUGGACAGGACCACACUUGGUGACAGACACGCGACAUGCAGCUGACUCUCGUGCUAGUGUUUAUUGGUGCUUCAAGGAUGCUUCUGGCGAAUGUGAUCAAUCUUCGCCUAUUGUGACUGUACCAAGCACCCAUCUUAGUCUGCAUCUCUCCUCGGACCACCCAAUAGGCCGCUACCGGGUCGGCGUGGCGUAUGACACAGGCGGCAUAGUGUGGGCAAAGUGCAUUUAUUAUAAACCAGAGGCUGUUACAAAACUGUCAAUGGCGCUGACCGUGACGUCAGAUGGAAUGCCUUCACGAACGCUUCUCGUGCAAUGGACCACGCCAUCGUGCGGCCAGGUGGAACCAGUAUACUACAUAUCAGAGUUCGUGCUUACGUACUGCCAACGUUCGGAACAGGAUGCUAAUUGCACAGGUCUCGGGACGUCCGUCAAGCUCAGCAACACGCUGACCUCCUAUGUGUUAGAAGCACUCAACCAACAUAACAUAUAUUUGAUAACGAUGCAGUCACGUGACCGGAACGGUGUUCUGCGCAUGCUUGCGUCUGCUAACGGCUCUUGUGCCCCAGACACUCCAGAUGCUCGAGUCGCGAUGUGGAUAGGAGUUGCAGCAAGUGUCCUUCUAACGCUGUGCGUUGGACUGAUCGUGGUUAAACGUGUUCGAAUAAUAAUGUGA